AUGUCUGACGAUGCCACCGCCGCAAUCAUCUCCAUAGUCAACAGUCAAUACGUUCAGAACUGUUGCAACUUCGCUGCAUUCGCGAUCUACCUAUACGACUGUGCCAUCACGUUCGGUGAUCAGAUCGACUUCAUAUGGCGGCGAAAGUUUUCAGGAGUAACGGCAUUGUUCGCGAUCCUCCAUUUGUCAACCAUUGCGUUAUACGUGCUGUACAUCGUCAUUGUACCCCUCACGGAAUGUCAUCCGUAUGUGCUUUCCCAAAUCCCGAUCCGAGCGCUCACGACGAAUGUGGUCUAUGUGAAGUGCUUGGGUUGCAGACAUAAUACUCCCCUGACAUCGAGUCCGCGCAUAGUGAUCGCUGCUCUCCGUGUCUACGCCAUCAACGGGCGGGACUGGCGGCUCCCCACGCUCAUCUUCUGUCUCGCGUUCGUGACUUUGGCGAGCACUGCCACGUGCGUGAUUCUACACGUUGAGUCGAGUAACGCCGCAGCUCACCCGUUCUCGCCCCACUGGACAGUGUCCAUCGUCGCAUCAUCGUGCUUCAUUGCAUCCGAGGCCCUCGUUCUGUUCAGCACCUGGUGGCACACCUACGGCAUGAAGAGACUCGCUAGGCAGAUCAACCAGGAGGUCUCGCUGACGUACCUCAUGCUUCGAGAUGGUACGAUAUACUUCGUCAUGUUGUUCGUUCUGGAGAUAUUCUCCACCAUUGGUCAAUACGUAACCGUACUCGCGGGCGUCCCGGGGUUCACAUUUGCGCUCGAGACCGUCGUCCUCUCCCGCUUCCUUCUUGACCUCCGGCGAACCGCACUCCGACUCUCAGUCGCCGCAGGACCAAGGGCAGGCGAAUCUUCGACAUCUGCCUCCGGGUCGCUCAUCGACCUGUCUGAGCUACGGUUCAACUCGCGCAUCCUCGGGAGCCUUGGGGGUUCCUUGGCGCUGGGCUCGAGCGACGAAGAGUCGGAUGGGAUAUUGGGCAGUCUUGACGGGAGCACGGAUGUAGACGACCCCGACCAGAUCAAGGAGGUUGCCGCGCAGCGAUAG